AUGGCAAAUGAUAGUGCUGAGGAUAUUAAUGUCGGCGUUGCGCUCAGCACUGCUCUGCUGUUACCAGGCGAUCUGGAGCGAAACGCCGAGUUGAGCGAAUACGAAAACUAUGCGUUGAUGCUUCAAUACUCUGUUCAAGCCAUCCAGCAUGUCCACUUUUUUUCUGUUCAAUCUUUCGAAAAUUGGCAGAAGCUGGUUGAUAUGAAGAGGGAUUUCUCUUCUCUUCAAAAAACCAACAAAGGCUUACAGUCAAAAAUGAAGAAGCUGGAAGACCAAGCUGAGGCCGCAAUCAAAGCUCAGACCAAUGCCGAAGAGAAAGCUGAGGCUGCUGAGGCUAUCAGGAAAGUGGCUGAGUCUCAGAAGAGAGAAGCCAAGGAAAAAAUGGUCCAAGCCGAAAAGGAGCUUCAAGAGGCACUGGCCACCAAAGAAGCCGAAAUAAAAGACGCCGACGAGAAGGCGUAUACCCAAGGCAUGGCCGAUGUCACAGAUGCCUAUGAACAGCAGGUGAAAGAGGCAUGCAACAAGGAUGUUCGCAAGCCAGCGAAAGAUUUUCGCCAAUCUUAUGUUCUUAGCAAGGACCUGAAAAAGCUCUUGGACUUGCCUGUCCACAAAAGGAAAGAUGAUCAAGUCCUAGACUUGACUCAUGAGGAGGAUGAAGAGGUUAUCAAAGAGACCACCCCUGAGCAAGCAUCAUCUGAUGUUCCUCAAAUAGGCAAGAGUGUUGAUGAAACCCUUGCCGAGAUUGACGCCGAGAUUGCUGCAGAUGAGGAAGCCGAGGUAUCUCUUCAGGAGACUUCUGAGGUUCAGAUCCAGCCAGAUGCUAAUGCUGAUGCUGAGAAGUCUUAA